CUCUAAUUUCCCGUGCAUAUCGUGGGGAUUUUAAUAAUAUGUUCUAAUGUCAUUGCAUACCGUGUAUUGAAGAGUAGUUAUACAAAUGGAUAUAGGUGUGGAUAAUGUCAUGUUGGAGAAAGCGCGAACGUUACAACGCUACUUACCGGUGGGCCGACGGACGGACAUCAGAGUUCGUUGUCUAGAUGAUAUCCCGUGGCUGGUGGUCAGGACGUUUGAGCAUCUUACGGGGAAUGACAUUCUAACACACGAAAAGCCCUUUAGCACCCUGACCGAGCAAUCACAAACCCUGCAGCAAAUCAUCGACACAUUGGAAAGGGCUUUGCGACUUCCGCUUUCCCACGUGACCGGAGUAGGCGUGGCUCGAUUAGACAGACGGCAGCUGGAAGACCUGCUGCAGAUUCUAAUAGACCUAGCGCGCCACUGCUUCCCGGAAGUUUGCGACUCAGCGAACAAGGAGUCAGGUCGCGUGAAUGUCACAGCAGACGAACGUCUGACAGUAAGUCAGCUCACGCGUGAACAUUCAUCAGACGCGACAUGCACGCCAAGACUAUCGGCUCUGGCAUUUGAAAGUCCAAAAGACUCCACGAAUCGAGCGGCAUCGCGUGUUGACGAUAUACCGGCCUAUAUUGAGAUGGCCCCUACCGCCAUCAAUGCUAUCCCUUCCGGACAUACUACUCAAGAAUUUAAAAAUUCAAAAGACUCAAUGAAGCGAAAGGCACCAGGUGAACACGAUAUACCGGCCUAUAUUGAGAUGAACCCUAGCGCCUUCGAUGCCAUUUCAUCGAGACAGACAAGAAGAGAUGAUUGUGACUCAAAUGCUUGCGAUCAAACAGAAAAAUCCACUAAUGUAAAAGGUUUUUAUAUUUUGGAACCUGAACAAGAAAGCUCGUACCAUAACGAAAGUCUAAACUUAUUCUUGGAACCCAGCAAACCAACUAAUCAACAUAACGGAGUUUUAAUUGCAACUAGACACGAGCCGUAUUCGACCUCGCGAAGGAAGAGGACAGUUUCUGAACAGAAAAAGACAACACCGAAUGUGGAGGCACUCAGGUCAACGUCACGUGCAAAAAGAAAUGGGGCUAUAUGCCGUAAACCGUCCGUAAAGUCAUUCUCAAGCCCUUUAAUAAAGGUGUCUCACCAGAAAGUUUCAUCGCCUUUAAAACAAAGAUUACCCUUGUUAACAAACGCGAGACGGCAAGCUGACGUCGGUCAAUCACUUCCUACACAGGAAGUCAAACAUGCUCGGUGUCGAACAGCAUCCCGCGCUUGCUCCGACUUAACCAAGGUAUCGAACAAUGAAAAGCAGACCGGAGCGUUCGCGUCUAAUAAGGAUCGCUUGACAAAGCUGAAAUCCGUUGUAGGUUUAAAUACAAUUAGAUCCGGAUCCAAAACAAGGAAUCCACUUGGUAACAAAAUGAAGGCCGAUUCGUCCGCUAAGGCGCCAAAAAGGCAUUUGCACCGAGGGCAACCGCACAGCGUCAGCAGUCCGAAGCCUCAGGACCGGAAACGGAAGCCGAGUGUGGUGUCUACUAAAGUGAGGCGACACAGCAGAACCGGAUGCACGGGGACACCGGGCUGCGCCGGAUCGUGCCACAGACCCAUUAGGAGAGGUGACAUUUCUCCACAGACGACAUCACUUUGCUCUUCACUCAAGCUUCUGGAGGAAUUUGAUUACGUCAAGAGACGCUUAGCGCAGAUUGACCGUAAAAUCGCCGAGGAUCUACACCAAAGGACAGAGCCGAUGAAUGUCAAUGAAAAUGACGUCAGUGAGUUAGUCUUUAGCCCAGAACAUCAGACGACGUCAACCUUGCGGUGGGUGCUGAAAGGACAUAUUAAAACAGCGUCCUAUGCAGCUUCAUGUAAAGCAGCAACAUUUUAUGAACUUUGAAGAAGCAUCCUGACAACGUUUAAGUGGUAGUUUUUGUGUCAUAAUAUGUAUGCGUUUUAAAAAAACUGUGUAAAAAAGCGGGAACACAUUUCAACACAAUUGUUCAUUGUUAAUUUUACAUACGUUUGCAGUGGCUGUUCUCGCUCGAAUUGAGAAGGAUGUAAAGGAACUUCUCAGAAUUGUUUAGAAACUUGAAAGCUGAAUAACAAAAUUACUGUGCUUCAACUUUGUACAUAUGUUAUUUAAAGCGACCUAUGAACUGUCUUGUGUAACAAAAUGCACAUAAUAAUAUUGCUAAUCAAUGAAGUAGCAUGUUCCCAUAAAAAAAAUCAUUAUAUAAGUUUAUCAAGAAAUCUAUACGCUUUUGAAUAUUCUUAAAAAUUACAACAGCAAAAAAUAUUUAUUUCAAUAUAUAUGCCAACCCCAGGAAUUGAAAAGUAUUACCAACUCUAUAUUAUUUUACCGAUUUUGAAGGACGAUUAUAAAGUGGGGUGUUAUUCCGCCUGUUCGAGCAUAAUGCACACAUUCUUUUUGAAUGUAUGACAAUUAUUGUUUAAAUCGCCAUUUUACCAAAACUGUGAACAUCUCCUUUACACGUCUCUCUUAAUAAACUAUUCAGAACUUAAAUAAUGCUUAAUAUUUUUAUCGUAUUGUUAAAAAAUAUGCAUUCUGACAUCAUCAAUCGAUGGUUACGUGAUAAUAUCCUACAAACAAUCUACAUAUCCUCAUUUACAUAUUUAGCCGAUUUGAAGUUCAACAAUUUAAAUUCCCUUCAGCAAUACACCAACUGUAUUAUAAAAUACAUUUCUUUAAUCAAAUUUCAUGUAAAACAAUGUAAUCAUCUAAGAAUACAUUGAACAAAAGAGAUCUCUGGUAUCAGCCGUUCAAACAAAAUGAACUGGGACGUAUUUUUUGCAAACUAGUUUACAAAUGGAAAUAUAAUUUGAAAAGAGUUGAACAGAUGGAAGCAUUAUUUCCAAAAUUGUUUACAAAAAAAGUUGUAAUACACGCAUAUUGAUUUUUACAGAAUGCGCGAAUUAAAUUUAGUUUAUCUACUAUACAUAUGUACCACGUUAAAUAUUUAAAGGUCAAUUAAUACACGCCGUAUAUAAUAUAUAGAAAACUACCGUAGGCUGGUGCUGAAUAAAGCGAAGUUUAUUUUGAGAGGCUUAGAAAAUCUUGUCGAGUGGUUCAGAUUUUCGGGUCGCGCAAAAUCAAUUUUCUUAGUCGUCAAUUAUUUCUUUAAAAAUAUAAUCGGAAAAUAGAACUACACGGAAAAUCCCAAAGUUAUUUAAAGCAAACAUGGUUUUAUUAUUUUAUUCGUCCCGAGCCUAAUAUAUAACACAAAGAUCAGUUACCUGUUUUUCUAUUAAUCAUACCUCUACGUCCCCGAUUUAAAAGAAAUAAUGAAAAAAUACUAAAAAACUGCAGCUUUAGUUGGAAAGAAUAUGACUUUUGUCGUUUGACGUGAAAAUAAUGACGUCAUGAGUACACGCACUUAAUAUUUGUAAAAAAUGUUUUUUUGCUGUUUGUGUUCCAUGUUGUGUUUAAAAUAUAUUACAUCUUGGUAUCAAAUUGUUUGUUUUGUUGAAUCUGAUUCGAUUUUACUAAAAUGAUUACUUAUAGUUGAAUCCAAGAAAUAGGACUAUAAGAGUCCGCCGCGCGUGACAGCUAUAUUUCAGCAAUGCCGGAAUAAAGGAAAAUAUAUUCCACAGUGGUUUAUUUCGACAAUCCACGUCUGAUGAUGGGAUAAAUAUCUUCUCAUGCUUACUGUUAAAUAUCAAUGGCGAUAAGGUUUUACAAAAGACACCACAUACUCGACAUGAUCAGCUUAAAUGAUUAAGAAUUAAGUAUUAAAAACUACAGAGUAAUCGUUCGCUGUGCGUAUAUAUUAACAGAAAAAAACAACAACUCAAACUUUUUUUGAUGAAAAUUAUUUCACACACAUACAAAACAAUGUUCACGCCGUUUCAUUUUAUUAACCAACAAAACGGUUUAAACAAAAAGGCAUAAACUAUUUCGUCAAAAUAAAAAAAUCGCAUUUUUUACACAGAAAUCGUAACAGUUCAAGGUCCAACUAAGGCCUCUAAUUGGCGAUGAAUCACUUAAAUACUCAAACACUAUCUACAACCAACGUAGACAGUGACGUGAUAGGUUUUAUAGCCAGUUUAUUGUCUGUCAAUAAUCUCUUGCGUUAUAUUGCCUUUUGUUAUGUCAACACAAUAUUAAAUUGCAAAAUGAACUGCACUUUAAGAGCGUUUUGUCGGGUUUAUUGUUCCGUUUGCAUGUUCAUAAUGUGUACUGUCUCGUUUACAUUUUCAUCUUUCUUGUCAAUAAAACUAAAUUUAAUAUUCAUACUGGUAUUCUGGUAAUAUUUUCCAAACGACUCUUUGAAAUUUUGUUUAUGGCGAAUUUUGCAAAUAUCGUCUGUCACCAGAAAAAGAA